UCCGACUUGCCGUAGAAAGCGAACGUCCUCAGGACGGAAAAUGUCAUACGUCAAACUGAUGUCGCUGUGCGCCGCGGCUCCGGGCCUGACUGGCGCCACCUGCGAGGCCGUGAAGAAGAGCACGCAGCCGGCAAUGCGCAUUGACGAGCUGCCAUCUUUGUACAGCAGACCCCAGGAGCACUGGCAGCGUGUGGAGCCAGAGCAGGAGGCGGCGGUGGCGGGCCCUUUGGAGCAGAGCGUGGCAUCACUGAGGGAAUGGGCACAGCCGUACGCAGACCAGUGUCAGCGAGCACGCCGCACCGCAACUGGCAAAGCUGAGGAAGUGUACAGAAGCGUGGAGCCCACCAUCGACACCACCGUCACCACAGUCAGCGACGUGUAUCACUUCCUCACUGCUCCUCCCCCGGACCUCUAUCCCAGCAUGGCGGCGGUGGGCUUCUCGGGCUUGCUGGGUCUCUACUUGGCCAAAGGGUCAAAGGUGAGGCGUGUGGCGUUUCCAGUGGGCCUCAUGGCCGUGUGCGCCUCCAUGUUCUACCCUCAGCAAGCGGCCUCCCUUUUCAAGGUAAGCCGAGACUCCGCGUACUCCUGGGUUCAGCGGGGUCGCGUCGCCGUGGAGACGCUUUGGAAAGACCCGCCCUCCGGCAAAAAGAAGCCCGACAAGACGGAGCGGCGGGAGAGCGGAAGCAGUUGAAGGCGGACAGGAAAAAAAUCAUCUUCAUGCUGCGUGGAAGGAAAGGUCUGCAAGGUUUUUUUUGUGUAUCUGAGCACCUAUUUGGCUAUGCUAAACACACACACACACACUCACUCAUCACUUUACUGAUGUUUCUCAUUGGGCCACUCUUGAAAAAGUCAAUCUUUGCUCACUUUGAAUAUUCUAUUGUGUGGUUUGGAUGUGAGUAACACAUGAGCAAACACACACACACACACACACACACACACACAGCUUAAUUCUUUCUUCUCACGCACAUUCCCACACAGCCCUUCUAAAUGGCUUCUAUGUGUUAGAAGGAUUUCUGCUCUCAAAUGCUAUGUUUUAUUUAAUAAAAGACCGCUCAUUGUUCAUUCGGUGAACAUGCUCAAAACAUUUGACUAUUUGUUCCAUAGUGGACACACUAACACAGGUCUUCAACUUCCCCUAAAAUACAAUUAUUGUAUUUUACUUUAAACUGGUCCUUAAGUUACCUUGUUGUUGUCGUGCAAUACUAACUUUUUAAUUUUCCUGAGGGAACUCUCCUGAAGGAAUCAAUAAAAUACUAUCUAUCUAUCAUUAUGUCUACAUAUACUUUUCAAAUCAUCUUGUAAUCAGACAAUAUUUUUCGGUAUAUUAGGUGGAAUUUUUACUUGACCACUGUGUUCUUAUAGGCGUGGCGUGGUCAAAGCCUAAAAUAAAAAUCCGAAUAGGAAAUCAUGCAAAAAAAAUCAUACAUGGGAGAAACAGGAAAGACAUUCAACACCAGGAAGAAAGAACAUCAGAAAGAAUGUGAAAAAGAGACAACUGGAAGGUUUACAAAAAGCCUAAAAUAAAAAUCUGAAUAGGAAAUAUUACAAUGAUCAGAUCGUAAAAUAACCACAUCAUGGACUGAGACAACGGCAAAAUAAUCGGUACAGAAAGUAACAACUUCAAACGGAGUAAAGAGGCAAUCGAUCUAGGGAAGCGGCCCAAGGAAAACCAUCAAUCGGGAUGAGGGAGUAUUACCUGGGACUCCCUUCUCCAAUAUUUUUCGGUGUAUUAAAUGGAAUUUUUACUUGACAACUGUGUUUUUAUAGGUGUGGCGUGGUCAUUUUACAAAAUCCUGUGUAAAUCAUGCAACAAAAAAAAACCAAACAUGGGAGAAACAGGGAGGACAUUCAACACCAGGAACAAAGAACAUCAGAAAGAAUGUGAAAAAGACAACUAGAAGGUUUACAAAAAGCCUAAAAAAAAAAAACGUAUAUAUAUGUAAAUGUAUUCAGUAGUGAUGGGUCCGGCAACACUGAUGCAUCGGCGCAUGCGUCGAGCUCAUAGAGCGAAACCCUGUGUCGGUGCGCGUACCGCUUUUAGAAAGUCACGUGACCGAUCAUGAGCUGUUUUGGUCACGUGACCGAUACGCGAACUGUGUCGCACUGACGCCUCCUCUGUGCCCUGAGAGCGGGUCUUUUCUACAGCCGGAGAAAUAAUAACUAAGAAGAGAAAGGGUCUAAAAUUGAAUACGUUGGAAAAACUGUUUUUUUUUUUUUUUUAUAAAAAUGUGUAAAAAUAAAUAAAUAAUAAUUUCCAGGUCCACAAGCAUCCUCAUUCACAACACGUUCUCUUAGAUUUCCAUGUUAUGAUACAUGUUCACAUUAUUUAUUGACUGUAUCUAAAAAAGACAAAAAAUAUAUUUUUAUUUAAAUGAAGUUAUGAAAUAAUCCUAAAUGAAAUACAAUGACUUGGUUUAUUUUAUUGUAUAUACUAGGUCAGUGGUUCUCAACCUUUUUUCAGCAAUGUACACCCUGUGAUUUUUUUUUUUAAUUCAAGUACCCCCUAAUCAUAGCUAAGCAUUUUUGGUUGAAAAAAAAAAAAAAGAUAAAGAAGUAAAAUACAGCACUAUGUCAUCAGUUUCUGAUUUAUUAAAUUGUAUAACAGUACAAAAUAUUGCUCAUUUGUAGUGGUCUUUCUUGAACUAUUUGGAAAAAAAGAUAUAAAAAUAACUAAAAACUUGUUGAAAAAUAAACAAGUGAUUCAAUUAUAAAUAAAGAUUUCUACACAUAGAAGUAAUCAUCAACUUAAAGUGCCCUCUUUGGGGAUUGUAUUAGAGAUCCAUCUGGAU